GGUCCUCUCCUUUGACCAUCUCUUGAAGCUGACUCGUCGUCACGCCACUGUUUCACUGCCCAACCAUGCCGAUCAUUUUUUUCUUCCUCCUCUUCUUCUCAGUUCAUUCCCAAGAAGACACUCCCAUAGCUCGCUUCCGACGUUACCUUCAAUUCAACACAGCUCAUCCCAACCCAAACUACGCCGACCCAAUCUCUUUCCUGGUCUCCCAAGCCAACUCCAUAGGCCUCCAAUCCCAAACCCUCGAAUUGACCCCUUCGAAACCAGUUCUCCUUCUAACAUGGCCUGCCUCCGACCCUUCUCUUCAUUCCGUCCUCUUCAACUCCCACCUCGACUCCGUCCCAGCCGAACCGUCCAAAUGGUCCCACCCUCCUUUCGCCGCCACUCUCACCCCUGACGGUAAAAUUUACGCGCGUGGUGCUCAAGACGACAAAUGCAUCGCCAUGCAAUACUUAGAAGCGAUACGCAACCUCAAGGCUAGAGGGUUUAUUCCUUUACGAACUGUUCAUAUUUCUUAUGUUCCUGAUGAAGAGAUUGGAGGGUUUGAUGGGAGUGCUAAAUUUGUUACGUCCAGGGAGUUUGAAGAUUUGAAUGUUGGGUUCGUUUUAGAUGAAGGGCAGGCUUCGACUGGUGACGAGUUUAGAGUGUUUUACGCUGAUAGGUCACCUUGGGGACUUAAAAUAAAGGCUAGUGGAGCUCCAGGACAUGGUUCCAGGAUGUAUGAUAAUGGGGCAAUGGAGAAUCUGAUGAAGAGUGUGGAAGUUAUUACUAAGUUUAGAGAGAGUCAGUUUGAUGUUAUUAAAGCUGGGGAAGCUAUGAAUUCUGAGGUGGUUUCGGUUAAUCCUGUUUAUUUGAAGGCUGGGAUACCCUCCCCAAGUGGAUUUGUGAUGAAUGUGCAACCUUCAGAGGCAGAGGCAGGUUUUGAUCUUAGGUUGCCUCCUACGGUUGAUCCGGAUCUUAUUAAGAGAAGAAUUGCUGAAGAAUGGGGGCCCGCCAGAAGGAAUAUGACAUAUGAGAUAAUUGAGAAAGGGCCAAUAAGAGAUUACAUGGGCCGCCCUUUAAUGACAGUGACAAACAAUUCAAAUCCCUGGUGGCCUGUCUUCAAGCAAGCUAUUGAGGCAGUUGGAGGAAAACUUUCAAGGCCUGAAAUUUUAGCUUCAACAACUGAUGCACGAUUCAUGAGAGAAAGAGGAAUUCCUACUCUUGGUUUCUCUCCAAUGACAAACACUCCCAUCUUGUUGCAUGACCAUAAUGAGUUCCUGAAAGAUACUGUGUACUUGAGAGGAAUUGAAGUCUACGAAUCUAUAAUAAGUUCUCUGAGUUCCUUUAAGGGAAAAUCUCAUUAGAUGCCUUCAACUGCUUAAUUAGUGGUAGACAUUUACCAUUUGCUGAACUCAACAUGGUUGCAGUGUAAUAUGGUUUCAGGUUAUUGACUUCUGCACCAAUUCAGAUGGAGACAAGUUGGAUUUUGAACAAGUCAAGUGCUUUUCCCAUCAUGUAAUUUCCAAAAGCUUUAUGAGCAUUGAAAGGACACUGAAUGAGCUCUGCGCGUAUUCAAUAAGAGAGGAAAAAUUGAACGAAUUUAUGAGCCACCGAAUAACCCAUUUUGUUUAGAAAUGUACUUUCAGAACACUGUAUUAUGCACCAAUCUGAACUGAUUUUCAAAGCACUGAAUCAUGCAGUGGAGUUAAGUAUA